ACAACAACAAUAAUAUUCUGGAUGAAAUCUUGUAAGUGGGGUUUAAGAAGGAUAGAAUAUAUAUACAGUUAUUUGGUGGAGGGAGUAAUAUGCACGAGUAUAUAUACCCUAGAAACCCCAAAUCUGAUCAAAGUUGAUGGGAGAAAAGAAGAGAAACAAAGCAUAAUUUCCCUUUUGCAAAUCUUUUCGAUUUCAAUGGUUGAUUUCGGAGAGAGGCGUCACCACUAUGCAUCUCAAAUUAGAAUCCGUUCUCGACCGAUAUUUAACUUUCAUCAGUAUAGUAAUAGAAGUGGUAAUAUCAAGAGUGAUUUACCUACUUUAGUGCUUCAGUUUACCCUUUUUGCUCGCCAAGAGGCUUGGCGUAAAUCACCUGUAAAUCAACCCUCAGAACUCAUAUAUUUGAAUGAAUUUUAUAAAUUUGAGACAAGAUCAUGUGAGGUUAAACUAUGCCCUUCUCAAUACACAUCACAAGACGUGUUUUUCAGUGUUCUUAAAGAAAAUUUCACCAAUUGGGGUGACUAUUAUGAGGUUUCUAAUGACUAUGUCAUCAGACAAAUGAUACUUCAAAUGGAUAAAAUUCUUGAGCGUGUGUUGAAAAGGGUGGGUAAUACUAAUUGUGAAUACUUGGAGAUUUUUGUUGGUAUUGCUUUGAAAAUGGAAUAUGUUUUGGAUGGGAGGAUGCAAGGAAUACCGCGGCGCUUGAAUGGGGGUAUGGUACCUGCUACUAAGACUUCAGUAAUGGAGUUGCCAGAGAGAAUGGAUAUUGAUGAUGAUCAAUGUUUGAAGGAUAUUGAAUGUGUUAUCUGUCUUGAACAACUUGCGCUCAAGAAGGAGGGUGGAAAGAUCAUUUGCAUGCCUUGCUCCCAUAUGUUUCAUGGAGAUUGUAUUACAACCUGGUUAGAAACGAGCCAUUAUUGUCCUAUUUGCCGCUAUGACUUGCCAACACCAUGAGAACUUAUUUUCAGUAAAGAUAAUGUAAUGGAAUUGAAUUCAACAAGUUUAGAAUUUCAAGCUCGUGACUUAUUGUUGUUUAUUUAUUUGAUAUAAAGACUCACUGCUUUAUAUUACCGCAAA